AUGUGCAAUGCUAGGAAUAGAAGAACUCCGUUAUUAUCAAAAACUUGCAUCGAUCUCCUUUUAUUUAAGGAUCUUUCCCGCCCGCCCGAGACUUGCAUCGACAUCCCUUCAUCUAAAGAUCUCUUUCGCUCGCCCCAGACCCGAACCGAAUUUCCUUUCGAAAAGCUUUCCCGCCCGCCCGAGACGUGCAUCGAUAUCCCUUUAUCUAGGGAUCUUUCCCGCCCGCUUAAGACUUAUAUCGACUUUCAUUUUAAAGAAUUUCCGUGCCCGCUCGAGACUUGCAUCGACCUCUCUUCAUCUAGGAAUCUUUCUCGCUCGCCCGAGAUCCGAACCGACUUUCCUUUCGAAAAGCUUUCCCGCCCGCCCGAGACUUGCAUCAACUUCCCUUCGUCUAAAGAUCUCUCUCGCUCGCCCCAGACUCGAACCGACUUUCCUUUUAAAAAGCUUCCGUGCCCGCCCGAAACGUGCAUCGACAUCUCCUCAUCUAAAGAUCUUUUCCGCCCGCCCGAAGCUCGAACAAACCUUCUUUUCGAAGAUCUUGCGUGCUCGAUAGAAACACGUAUUAUACUCUUUCCCGACGGUCUCUUAUGCUCGAUAAAAACACGCAUCGGAUUUCUAUCUAAAGAUUAUUCACAUUCGAUAUUAACACGCACCGAGCUUUCUUCCGAAGAUCUUUCGGCCUCGAUAGAAAUACGUAUUGUAAUCUGUUUAAAAGAUCCGUCGUGCUCGCUCGAGAUUCGUAGUGAUCUUGGUGAUGCAACCGGUCUUGGCGUUAGCGGGAAUAUCAUCUGUGGUGACAUUGGUAUUGGUGAUCCUAGUGGUAGGUAUCUUAUUGGUGACUAUAAUGCUGAUCUUGGUGAUGCAGCCGGUCUUAACGUCGUCGAGUAUCUCUUUUGUGGUGAUGAUAGUAUGCGCAGCGGCGAUAGUGCUUUCGGCGGUGGUGAUCUGCCCGUCGAUCGGGGCAUCAGAGGUCGGUCCCAAAAGGCGAUAUCACGAGUGCUAGGCCCGUGA